AUGCACGAUACCCCUUCUCAAUCACUUGAGGUGAUCACCGACACCAUCCAGCCACCUACAUUGGCUAUCAUUUCUCCGACGCCGCGCGCCUUUACUUUUCCUUCAAACGAAUCCGGUCCUUACUCGUCCUCUCUCAAUUCCCCUUUUGAGCCAGAUCUCAGGAAGCUCACGCUCACUCCUACACUCCUUCGAACCCUCUCCCCUGUUUCACCCGCAUCAUCCACUUCAUCAGGAUCAACUUCAGUCUUUUCCUCCACUUCCUCAUUCCCAGCCUUAUCAUCCCCAACUUCGCAUAAACGCCGCAAAUCCUCAAUAUGCAGCGACAUCGAACGUAGACCAAGAAAGGGCGAUGAGGACUAUAUCAAGCGCCCAGAAAACGCUUUCAUCCUCUUCCGUAGGAAGUGUUGCGAGGAGCGUCAACAAGCUCAAGACGAAGCUGCAUCAUCCGCAUACGCUGAUGCACCUACAAAGAAGCAACGUCAGGCAGAUCUGUCAAAAACGAUCAGUCAGCAGUGGAAGGCACUUUCAGCCGAGGAGCGUCUCUACUGGGAAGAGCAGGCAAAGGAAAAGAAGAAGGAGCACGAGCAGAUGUACCCAAAUUACGUUUAUCGUCCCCAACGAUCAAAGGAUAAGAAGGGAAAGAAGAGCAAGCGAGGCGAGUUUGAGCAUGAGACCGAUUGUGAAAGCAUCUCCUUUAUGCUUCCAUUGUCGCCUCCGACUGUCAUCAAGCAUGGCCGUUCUGCAUCCGCUCCUACUCCUCCUCCCGGUCGCCAGACGAUUCAGGUUCCAACCGUCUACAUGCCUUCAUGCCCGACAUCGCCGUCGCUGUUGCCAAUGAUCAGCCGUCGCUCGUCGCAUCCGGACCAUGGAAUAAAUUCGUCAGCGUCCUUUGACUUCUUGCCCAGUUCCCAACAGCAGUUCUCGCAACCUAGCACAUAUAUGUCAGGUCUUGAUGCCAAUGGAUUCUACCAGGGAAUGUUCGAAAACCCCUCAGCGCCUCAUCCUCUGUCCAUUUCCACAGACAUGUCCAUGCUACACAGUCACCAGAUGGUUUCACCAGCAUCGUCAAUAGCAUCCUGUCAUCCCGGCCCUUACACGCCCGCAGAUUGCAUGCCUCCCACGUUCUCCUUCCACGAGGCCCCUCUAGACAGCGCAGCCUGCAUGCCAGAAGAUUCCCCCAUGUCUGGAUCCCCCCUCGACAACGUCCACUUCGGCUACCCAGAGUCCUAUUCCUGGGAAAGUCAAGGCGCAUGGGAAAGCCACGGCGACCUCCUCGCCGGAGACGAAUUCGACUUGAGCGCAAUCCCUCCGAUUCAACUCGGUAUGCCAGGACUCGGAUGUGGAGGAGAGCUGACAGCGACGAACAUGAGCCAUUCAUUCAAUAUAGACUACUCGCCUGGUUCGUUUGACGCUUCGUCCAUGGACGCAAGCCAAUAUCCGCUCGAGGCACAAGGACACGAGACAUUUGAGCAGUUGUUCAAUUUUGAAAACAUGCUCGUGACAUCAACCGCUUUCUGA